AUGGCGCUGCCGGCGUUGAUGGUCGAAGAGAUCCUCCUCCGCGUCCCACCUGACGAGCCGGCGCACCUCAUCCGCGCAGCCGUCGUCUGCAAGGCCUGGAGGCGCAUCCUCUUCGACAGCGGGUUCCGCUGCCGCUACUGUACGUUCCAUCGAACGCGUCCCCUGCUAGGCUACAUCCACAACUUCGGCUUCCGUGCAGGCCUCGAGUUCGUCCCAACCACUACUUUCUUCCCGCCGUCGCUGGCGGCUAGCCGCAACUCCUACAGGGCCCUUGACUGCCGCCAUGGCCUGCUGAUCGACACUAGCGGCCCACCAGGCUUCAUUGUUUGGGACCCCAUCACUGGCGACCGGCAGCACCUGAGCUUUCUCGCUCACGCACAAGAGAAUUUGUGCUGUUAUACUGGGGCUGUGCUAUGCGCUGUGGAUGGCUGCGACCACCUCGAUUGUCAUGGCGGUCCGUUCCUCGUGGUCUUUGUGGGUGGGACAGAGGGGGCGCAUCCCAUCGACGUGGAUCAUGUCAGGGAACCCAGCCUUCUUAUCGGAGGUGCGCUCUACUUCACCCUUGGUGCGAUGAGGAUCCUCAAGUAUGACUUAAAAUGA